AGAAUAGGAAGUUUGUCUUCAAGGGUUAUCCCUGGGAACGGGAUGCUAUAUUCUUUCAGUUCAGUGGUUUCAUGAACCUACUGAAGCUGUGGUACAGGCAUGGAUGGGAAGAAAUGCAGCGUAUGGAUGUUUUUACCUCUUGUAUUUACUUUGUUUACUUCAGCCGGAUUAUGGAUAGUAUACUUUAUAGCUGUGGAAGAUGACAAAAUUUUCCCAUUAAAUUCAGCUGAAAGGAGACCUGGUGUGAAGCAUGCACCAUAUAUAAGUAUUGCAGGUGAUGAACCUCCUGCGAGCUGUGUGUUUAGUCAAGUUAUGAACAUGGCAGCGUUCCUAGCACUCGUGGUAGCUGUUCUGCGCUUCAUACAGCUGAAACCAAAGGUUUUAAAUCCGUGGCUGAAUAUUAGUGGAUUGGUGGCGCUGUGUCUGGCUUCAUUUGGAAUGACCUUACUUGGUAAUUUUCAGCUUACAAAUGAUGAAGAAAUUCAUAAUGUUGGGACUUCCUUGACCUUUGGAUUUGGCACGUUGACCUGCUGGAUUCAGGCUGCAUUGACACUCAAAGUCAACAUCAAGAAUGAGGGACGGAAAGUUGGGAUUCCACGAGUUAUUCUCUCAGCAUCUAUCACUCUGUGCGUGGUCCUCUAUUUCAUCCUCAUGGCCCAAGGCAUCCACAUGUAUGCAGCCAGGGUCCAGUGGGGUCUGGUCAUGUGCUUCCUGUCUUAUUUUGGCACCUUUGCUGUGGAGUUCCGGCAUUACCGUUAUGAGAUUGUUUGCUCUGAAUAUCAGGAGAAUUUCCUAAGCUUCUCAGAAAGCCUGUCCGAAGCUUCUGAAUAUCAAACCGACCAGGUGUAACCUGUCAGUUUUUCCUUGCCGGUGAGGUGGGUGUGGCAGGGGAGGGGCCAGAAGGACACACCCACAGGACUUGGAACAGAACCUGUAACACAUUUUACACACACGUUCUUGGCCACAUUUGCCAAAUUAGCUUUUCAGGGCAAGUUAUUUCUUUAACGAAAAAGCACAAGCCCUUAUGUGUCGAAAUACACGCUGUUACACUGAAAAUAUAUGCACGACAGAGCAAGAAGCUUGUGCAUGAUCACUUCUCUUUUCCCUCUCUCCCAAUGCUCCCUGCUCUUCUCAUUCUCCUCACAUAUUUCAGACAUCGUGUUCACCCUACCACAGAGCGGGGCAGGCCAAAUGUAACAUGGAAUAAUGCCAACUCCCAAAGUUGCCUUCAGAUCCAAAGGGCUUGGAACCAGCUCACAAGGAAGUUCUGAAUCUGGCACUUGAACAGAUUGAGUAUCAUCUAACUGGAUGGAAACUGUACAGAGACGUGACCCUGUGUGACCUGUGGAAUGGCGUGGGGUCAAGAACUUCCCCCACAAAAACUCCCUUCAUCGCUGUUCAGUGGUCGGCUGUGCGGAGUCACUGAAAGGAAUGCGCUGUAAACCCACUACUGCGAUUUUAACUUUAUCGUGACUGAGAAAUACUUCCAAAUGUGAAUAUUUGUAGGGACAUGUCUGCCAGGCACAGAACGAGAUGGGGGCAGCGAGGGCAUACUUUUGUUUUUGCUUCUGUGAUCUGCCAGGAGACACAGCUUUUGUUUUAUACUUCAUGGUUUGCCUUUUUUUUUUUUAAGUAACUACCAUGGGUCUCUCAACGCCUCAUGGACAAAGAAGAUGUAGGCCAAAUGCAAGAGCUGAACUUGUUUUAGGUUGACCAUGAUAAAAGGAAAAAAAAAAGGUGACCUGAAGUCUUAAUCCACUGCUUUUAUGUUUGAAGCUAAGAAAAUGUUCACAGAAAAGCACAAAAAAAUAUUUGUGGAGGUAAUAAAAAGAGCUCGUGCUGGACAUUUAUCAAAAGAAUCUUAGAACAUCUCGUUAUGAGCCCAGAUCAAGGGAGAGCUUCUUCAAAUGUAUCUAUAGCUCUGGUUUAGUGUUUUGGCGGGGGGUGGGGAAGCUAAGGGCUUUUUCCUACUUGGAAUUUGUAGAAACUAGUUAAAAGAUGACCCUUCCCCCCAAAACAAACUGGCAUAAUUGAUGCCCUGAUGCCCAACAUGUCCUGUGAAGAGUUUCGAAUGUCAGCUGUAGGCCUGGGCUUUUGGAGGCUGUGCUUUGUAAAGAGCAGAAUUCUUAGUUCAGAAUGUCUUGGAGAGGGCCAAGUCGGCGGGCCCUCCAUGAGUGCACUUUGUUUCAAGAAGUCCUCACAUUUACUUCACAGGGCGCAGGGUUCUCAUGGACUAUAAUGUGAAAAAAAAAAAGGGGGCAUUGUUUUUUUAAUUCAACUCAAACUCAGAUCUUGAGGAAGGGGUCCAUGACUUUUCAUCUCUGUAUUUCUCUCUGCCUCCUAGCCCUGCGCCGGGCACAUACAGGUGCUCAGCAAAUGUCUCUUCAAUAGAAUUCCUGGGCAUUUAAGUGUAGGGAAGAGGAGUAUCAGAGAAAGAUUCAAAGAUGAAAGAACAGAUGACUGUUUCAAGGGAGACAGGAAUGAAAGAAGUCCCCGAGAAGGGUCAGGCGGGGGCAAGAAAACCUACAAGAGACAGGUAACACGUGAGGAAAGGAAUCAAGCAGAGAGCAUUCUCCUAGGAAAAAGGCAUCAUGCUGUAAAUAGUCCAAGGUGACACUGAUUAUUUUGGAAUACAGCUUUUGGGUUUGUUUUUUCAUUUUAUAUUUUAAAGAUUUUAUCUGAAGACAAAGAUUUAUGAAGUUUUCUUUUACUCUGCACAAUCCAAAUUAAACAGCUUUUGGUGAUGCACUGUACACUUUCUUAAGAGUCUGUCUAAUAGCACAUUUUAGCAGAAUCAAGCAAUGACUGGCAUUUCAUCGGGAUCUGACCACUGAAUAAAAUUCUUUUAUGCAGAAGUA